GAAGGAAGGAAAAAGAAAGAAAGAAAAUAGAAGAAGAAAAGAAAGAAGGAAAAGAAGCAAGGAGAAUAAGCUGGCUAGGCAUUCAUCUCACCUUCCUGAUGCCUGUAUGCCCAGUGUUCUGCCUGCUGCUUUCCUGCUGUUAGAACCGCUGGCCUAAGGCUUGACCGCAUCCUGGCAGACAGCCUUUGGCAAGGCAUUCUGAGAGCUUAACCUGCUGGGGGCAUCAAGGCCAGUGUCAGAAGUGUCAAGGGGGCACCAAAUAUGUUCUCAGGUGUCCCAAUGCCUGUAUCUCUGGGGCAGCCACCUUUCAGCUUUGAAUGGGUGGAGCAGAAACCCUCGUGACCUUGCUGCUGACAUUCCUCAGAAGCCACGUGGCCCCAACUGGCAGGGACAGCUGCAGACAGGGUCUGAACCAGCCUUGUUCCCAGGGUGGCGCCCGUUGUCCAUCCAGGCCCUGCUUAGCUUUUGCCUGGUGUUACUUUCCCCUCCCAAGAUCAGCCGGCACUGUAGGUCCAACACCAUGAGGUUCUAAGGACACCUAGCCAACCACGGUCUUUCCGAGUGGCUAGGCUGAGAGAGGAUGGGGCAGGACCAGACAAAGCAACAGAUCGAAAAAGGACUGCAGCUGUACCAGUCCAACCAGACAGAGAAGGCACUGCAGGUGUGGAUGAAGGUGCUGGAGAAGGGCUCUGACCUCGUGGGCCGCUUCCGGGUGCUGGGCUGCUUGGUAACAGCUCACUCAGAGAUGGGCCGCUACAAAGAGAUGCUGAAGUUUGCUGUGGUCCAAAUUGACACCGCUCGGGAGCUGGAGGAUGCUGACUUCCUGCUGGAAAGCUACCUGAACCUGGCACGAAGCAAUGAGAAGCUCUGUGAGUUCCACAAAACCAUCUCCUACUGCAAGACCUGCCUCGGCCUGCCUGGUACCAGGGCUGGUGCCCAGCUUGGGGGUCAGGUCAGCCUGAGCAUGGGCAAUGCUUUCCUGGGUCUCAGCCUCUUCCAGAAGGCCCUAGAGAGCUUUGAGAAGGCCCUGCGCUAUGCCCACAACAAUGAUGACACCAUGUUGGAGUGCCGUGUCUGCUGUAGCCUGGGUAGUUUCUACGCCCAGGUCAAGGACUAUGAGAAAGCCCUGUUCUUCCCCUGCAAGGCUGCAGAGCUUGUCAACGACUAUGGCAAAGGCUGGAGCCUCAAAUAUCGGGCCAUGAGCCAGUACCACAUGGCUGUGGCCUACCGGCUGCUGGGCCACCUGGGCAGUGCCAUGGAGUGUUGUGAGGAAUCCAUGAAGAUUGCCCUGCAGCAUGGUGACCGCCCGUUGCAAGCACUCUGUCUGCUUUGCUUUGCUGAUAUCCACCGGAGCCGUGGGGACCUGGAGACAGCCUUCCCUAGGUACGAUUCCGCUAUGAGCAUUAUGACGGAGAUCGGAAACCGCCUGGGGCAGGUGCAUGUGCUACUGGGUGUGGCCAAGUGCUGGAUGGCCAGGAAGGUGCUUGACAAGGCUUUGGAUGCCAUUGAGAAAGCCCAGGACCUGGCUGAAGAAGUUGGAAAUAAGCUGAGCCAGCUCAAGCUGCAUUGCCUGAGUGAGGGCAUCUACCGCAGCAAAGGGCUGCAGCGCGAGCUGCGCGCGCACGUAGUGAGGUUCCACGAGUGCGUGGAGGAGACUGAGCUCUACUGCGGCCUCUGUGGUGAGUCCAUUGGGGAGAAGAACAGCCGGCUGCAGGCCCUGCCCUGCUCUCACAUCUUUCACCUCAGAUGCCUGCAAAACAACGGCACUAGGAGUUGCCCCAACUGCCGCCGCUCUUCCAUGAAGCCAGGCUUUGUGUGACUUCGGUGGCUAUCUUGGGUUUCCACACAACCUCCCCCGGCCCCUUCUCCACCAUCAAGCUGGAGGCCCUGGUUAAAUCCUAGGGUAGCAGCCAGGGCCUCCAUAGCAGAGGCCUGCCUGCUGUUCCUCUGGGCUUAGCUCCCCUCCCCUGCCUCUUUGUACUCUGAUAUUUAUAGAAAAAUAAAAUGUUUGUACGUGGUGCCAGUGA